AUGUUUGACUUGAGUCUAUAUCUGUUUUUCUUUCUCUGGGAAACUUUGGCUGCAACUCUAGCUACAAUAUGGCUGAGACGGAAUAUUAGUAAUUCAGAAUUCGCUUUGAACACUCCUCGCUUUUAUCCUAAGAUAAAUGCCUUCACCAUCCCUUUCUCUAUAUUAUGCCGAGGCUAUGACCUGGCUCAUCACAUUGUAUCCUCGCCGUCGUACGUGUCUUCCUCGCGGGUAUUCAACCUCUCCUCGAAUCUCAUAGCCAAGCAACAUGAGCCUUCAGAGGUCGAGGAUGCUUUGAAGGCUACCGAAGUCGCCGGCCAGCUUGGGAUCCGCGGUCCUUCCGUACGAAAUAUAAUCAAGAACCAAGAAAAUGCGUACACUAUCAUGGAUCGGGCCAGGGGAACUACGUUGGACGUCGUCUGGAAGGAACUGGGCUGGUUCAUGACAGCUAAGUUUGGUCUGCAGCUUCACCCGCUUCGUGAAAAUUCUCAGGUCUGUUACUUCACCAACUGCCGGAUCGCUCGCCACAGGCGAAUGUUGGUCUUUCUGGCUGGAAGAUCACUACGGUCUUCCGGCGAAUCCUGGCCAGCCGAUAUUGCCCACUUCUUCCGAUUCUGGGCGAACUUUACGACAGACUCAUCAGAUUUCACUGUGGGGUGGCCAAUGACCAUCGAGCCAUUCAUCUUGACUCAUCAUGAUCUUGCGCCGCGCAACCUUCUGUACGCAUCCAUGUACAAUUUCAACAUUCCUCAGGACUGGGGUUUGAUGGCCCCUUUACGGUGGCAUCUAUUUGCCUGGAUCGCAAUCGGCUAUCAUGAGGCUGACGCUCGCCUGCUACGAAAGAUGCGUUCUAAACUCACAUAA